AUGUUCUCCAGUUCAAGCAUGGGCGAAGAGACCUUCCCAUCACGCCUAAGGAACAUAACACAAUCUGAAGCAGUCUUGAAUUUUGCAGAGACACUUUUUGUAGUCUUCCCACAGUCAGCAUGCACAGUGGACGACGUGACAGCCAAAGCUUUGACUCCACACUGGUUUGAGCAUCGCAUGGUGCCGGAAGGACUUCCAAUGGACUUCCAAUCCCUUGAGCUUCGAACCGUCAUUGGACCGCACAUCCAUGAUGACAUGCAGAAGCCGGGCAGGGAUCCCGAGUUCGCCAUCAUGAAAGCGUGGACGGAAUGCAACUUAGCCAUGGACCCCAGGCAGCAGAUGGAUGCCGAUGCGGCGGAAGACGUCCACCGAGCGGCGAGGCAAUGCUAUCACGAACCCGUGGAGGCCUUUAUGGAGGCUUUGAUGCCCGUGAAUGAUCCAACCCCGGAGGGGCAGCCAGAGGAUGAGGAUGACCUCCAGGAGCCACGACGUUCCUUUGCCAGCUGGUUAGACCAAAGGCCUUCAAUGCACCGCUUGAGGAAGGCCUCAGAAAGCUUGGCCUGGGACGUGCCCCUGACGCGCGACGACAAGACGGAGCUGUUGAUCCAGCACCUGAUGGCACAAGAGGGACAAAACCACGAGGAGAUUGAGGAGCUUCAGCAGGCCCAAGUGGACCCGAGCCGACGCUCCAGUCGACGCUGGUCCCGCGCCAGUCGGCAAUUCGGUGCCAAUUCGGAUGGUAGCUUCGUCCCAGUCUCGCAGAUGGUGCCUCACUUCACCUUCGACGUUGAGGUCCCCUUCUUCAACAUCCUGGUGCCAACAGUGGAGACGACCAUGCAGCGCUUGCUGGUGGAGAAUCUGAUGAGCGCAGGCUACCAUGUGCUCUUCUCAGGUGAGACCGGCGUGGGAAAGUCCGUUGGAAUCCAACAGUUCUUGGGCAGCGCCGGUGAGACCUUUGCCGUGGCUUCGGCCAACUUCUCGGCACAGACGAGUUCGGCCAACGUGGUGGACUUUUUGGAGAACACCUUGGAGCGCAAGCGCAAGACCUUGCUGGGUGCUCCAGCGGGCAAGACGAUGCUUCUUUUCAUCGACGACAUCAACAUGCCGAUGCUGGAAAAAUAUGGCGCACAGCCGCCCAUUGAGCUUCUGAGACAGGUCAUCGACUACAAGGGCUUCUAUGACCGAAAGAAGCUCUUUUGGAAGGGCGUCCAAGAUACUCAGUUCAUUGCCGCCUGUGGCCCUCCGGGCGGUGGCCGAAUGCCUGUCACACCGCGAAUGCUGCGACACUUCAACAUGAUUUGGAUGACAGCAUUGCCUGAGGAUACGAUGCAUCGGAUUUUGAGCUCCAUUUUGGGCGGCUGGCUGGGGGUGAAGAAGCCUGGCUUGCAGGCGAGACAUGGCCGAAGGGUUCAACUGCCAAGGUGUCAGAGCCGAAAUGAACCACUGGAGUCAUUGAAGGCGGCCCAAGGCGACCCACUGACAGGUUUUGAGGAACAACGGUUGUUUCGGUGGGUGAUUGUGAGGGCAAUUCUUGCCUUUGGCGGGCAGUGUGAGAAUGGAGUCCUGGGGCCUUGUGGCUGGCGAUUUGCCCACCCUGCUUUGGGCACCAACAUUGGUGAACAUGUGAAGAAUGUCCAGCAAGCAAGACCAGACUCUUCAUUGUUUGUCGCCACCACUGAAGGCUUCUCGCGACAUCGUUCGGUUGCAGAGUUUCGCUAA